AUGCGUCGUUCAUCAUUCUCGCCCUUCGGCGCCAGUAAAGAACCACUCAUUGUUGUUGAAGAAUCGGGAAAUAUUGAAGAAGAGGAACAAUCCAGCUCAAACACUCCUACACAAAAAGCAAGCCUGGAUAUAGACUCGCCUGUAAAUCCGUAUCUUCUUUCACCAUGGCGUGAUCCACGUGAAACCCGGAAGCAUUCCCUGCCGUCGCAACAGGUUACCGAAGGUAUAACUGCAAGUCAAGUUCGAAGACUUUCCGAAAGGGGAGGUGAAGGUUCUGGACCAAGUCCAAGGGAAGCAGCAUUUCUUGCAACGCUUUCCCAAGCUCCUGCGCCAUCAGGACGAAGACAUUCCGUAGUCACAAUUUCAAAAGUUCCUCCGGCCUUUUUCGGAAGAAAUCGUCGAGAAUCUGUCGCUGCUUAUCCAUCCAACAGUCGCGUACUUGGUUCACGUCGUGAAAGCGGUGCUUCGACAGGACCCCCUUCCACCGAUCAUUUAGGCAGCAUACAUAAUCUUCAAUUAGAUAUAAUGGAUGACAUCGUACAGUCACGAAAAGCUCGAAUGAAACUAUGGACAACUAGCAGCGAAAAAGUGUGUGAAGUACAGACGGUCGACGAAGCAGGCGCCAGCACAUCACAACGUUACACGAACCGACGCUUUUCAGACUUCAUUGGAAAUGCCCUGCCUACAAUUCCAUCACAUAGACGAGCCUCUGAACAUCCUGCCAUAGUAUCGCCCUGCCUCCCUGGCCCAUCAGGAUCACAUAAACGAAAAAAAUCCGGUUUUCUCUCCACAAGCGGAAAAUCUGAGCUAGGUGUAGUCUUGAGUAAUCUAACGUCAUCCGCCAUAGAAAUUAAUAAAUGUGAUGAGUCAACUCCAGUAAAAACCAAAACGAGUUCAACAUAUGGAGCAACCUUAGAUCCAAAUGUAGGUCGGUCAACACGAUCGAACAGUUUCGAUGUAUCCCUCCUACAAAACGCCAAACAGUUCAUAUCAGACACAGAGGACAAAGGCGCAGCGGCAUUGUCUGGGUGGUUUACCAAACGCCAUCAACCAAUGGCCAAAAAGAAGAGUAUUCGAAGUAAAAGCACAGCAAUGGCUGUCUCCAAGGACAUGCUGGAAAGACUUCAAAAUCGUGAAACUGAAAAGAAUCGGAAAGUUCCGCGAAGUAAACAAAAUAAAAAUUCCUUAGUUGAUCCUCACGUAAUCGGUAGUGCCAUCGAAGGAUUUCUUAAGAAGAGCGCAUCGACAAUCUCGUCAUCAAAUAAAGGGGCCAUACCAAAGGACAGUCGUCGAAAGCCAGCACCCACCGUUCGCUCAAGCCUCAAUUGGUUCGGGAAAAGCGAUGAAGACGACUCAAAGGACACUUGCGAUUCGUCAUUGUGUUCCACGCUCAAGGACCUUUUUGUCAAAUAAUUAACCGGGAAUUUUAGCUUUAAGUUCACCUAAAUGAAUUCAUCGGCUUCGUUCAAAAUGCAAACCCGCCGCCAAUAUCACAAAGUAAGUUUUCAAAAUAGCAUUUGGAAAAGUGUAAUGGAGAUCGUGGAAAAUGAUGGUGCCAAAAGAAAUAUUAGGUUCAAUUUCAAAUGUAUUUUAAUCCUUCGUACAUAUGUAUAUCACCGUUAUCCAUAAACCGAUAUCAUAAAAUAUUCAUACGCAUAAAUAUAGAUGUAAAAAUGAAUCUUGAAAAUAUAUUUUUGCCAGUUUUAAGUGGAAAACCAAACAAUGGAAAUAUGGGAUGCCUUUCACGAUGGAUUGCUUUGCCUUUGCAA